GGGAUGUGAAAGAAGGAUCAACGGGAUAAAUGAUGGCACCAUUUACUGGGAUGAGAAAGACUGGAGGGAUUGGUUUGGAUGGGGGGAAUUAAGAGUUUAAUUUUGGACAUGCUAAGUUUGAAGUGAGUUUGAGAUGUCAGGCAGGUAACUGGCUAUAUUAGUGUGGAACUCAAGGGAGAGAGCUCCCUUGGCCUUGCAGAAAUAAAUUUGCAAAGCCUCUGUGUAAAGCAGUAUAUUUGGAUGAGCUGACCCUGCAGAGGAAUGUAGUAGGUAUAGUUGAAAAGAAACCCUAGAUCUGAACUCCAUUGUCCGCCAACAUUUAGAUGUCCAGAAAAGAAAGAUCUGACAGAACUGAGAAGGAGCUCCCGGUGGGUGGGAGAAACACCAGAAGAGUAUAAAUCUCGGAAGCCAAGUGAAGCCCUUGUUUAAAGAGGGAUUGGUUGACCGAGUCCUAAGCUAUCACUGGAUGAGGCCUGAGGACUACUCGUUAGGUCUGACAACCUGAAGUUCUCCGACAGCUUUGAUGAGUAUAGUUUCAGUGGACAAAAACUGGGAAAGCCUGAUUGGGGUAGGUUUAAAAGAGAUUAGAAGGGAGGAAGGGAAGAUACUUAUGUAUAAACAACCCUUUCAAGUAGUUGUAGCCCAGAAGAGGGAAGGGGCAGAGAAAUGAGCUGAUAGCUGAGGUGGAGUCAAGGGUGGCUUUCUCAAGUUGAACAGCCUUCAGUUAUUUUUAAGUAUCAUUUACUAAUUUUCAGUACUUCUCUUUUUUCCUCUAACCCAUUGUAGCUCUUACCUAUGAGAAGUCACAUAGAUGAACGAAUCAAGGAAUUUAAUUAAAUAAUAAUAAAAAGCUGAAAGGCUUUACUAUGCAUAUCUAAAUGAGCUUCUAUUCUGUUGAGGAUUCAGGAGUUCCGCCAUAACUAAAUUUGGUAAAAAAUACUUUCGUAUAUACUGUUGCACUGAAUACUGCCGACACAGUGCUAGCUACACAAGAAGGGACAGAGGGCCUGAUGCCUAUAUUCAUGGAGUUUACAGAAAAUGCUUGGACAGAAGAGAUGAGUACUAUUUCCACUAAGGCCUAGAAUUGCCUACUGUACAAAUAGUCCUGAUCAGGCAAUAUACGAAUGGCCCAAGGAAGCCACCAAAUUGAUUUUCAGGUUUUACAUGACCUGCGACAAAAAUUCCCUGAAGUACCUGAAGUUGUUGUAUCCAGGUGCAUGUUACAGAAUAAUAAUAACCUGGAUGCUUGCUGUGCUGUUCUCUCUCAAGAGAGUACAAGGUAUCUUUAUGGUGAAGGAGACUUGAAUUUCUCGGAUGACUCUGGAAUUUCUGGCCUCCGAAAUCACAUGACUUCUCUCAACUUGGACUUGCAGUCACAGAAUGUUUACCACCAUGGAAGAGAAGGAAAUAGAAUGAAUGGAAGCAGGACUCUGACGCACAGCAUCAGUGACGGACAACUUCAAGGUGGUCAGUCCAAUAAUGAACUCUUUCAGCAGGAGCCACAGACAGCACCAGCUCAAGUUCCUCAAGGCUUUAAUGUUUUUGGAAUGUCUAGUGCGUCUGGUACUUCAAAUUCAGCACCACAUCUUGGAUUUCAGUUAGGCAGCAAAGGAACAUCUAACCUUUCUCAGCAGACGCCCAGAUUUAAUCCCAUUAUGGUAACUUUAGCCCCAAAUAUCCAGACUGGUCGUAAUACUCCCACAUCUCUGCACAUACAUGGUGUCCCUCCACCUGUACUUAACAGUCCACAGGGAAAUUCUAUCUAUAUUAGGCCUUACAUUACAACUCCUAGUGGCACAGCUCGGCAGACGCAACAGCAUUCUGGCUGGGUAUCUCAGUUUAAUCCUAUGAACCCUCAACAAGUCUAUCAACCUUCACAACCUGGUCCCUGGACUACUUAUCCUGCAUCUAAUCCUAUGUCACAUACCUCAGCCCAGCAGCCAAACCAGCAAGGCCACCAGACCUCUCACGUCUACAUGCCCAUCAGUUCACCUACUACUCCACAGCCACCAACAAUUCAUUCAUCUGGUAGCUCACAGUCUUCUGCCCAUAGCCAAUAUAACAUUCAGAAUAUUUCAACAGGACCUCGAAAAAACCAGAUUGAAAUCAAACUUGAACCCCCACAAAGAAACAGCUCUUCAAAAUUGCGUUCUUCUGGACCUCGAACCUCCAGCAGUUCCUCUUCAGUCAACAGCCAGACCUUAAAUAGAAAUCAGCCCACUGUUUACAUAGCUGCCAGUCCCCCAAAUACUGAUGAGGUGAUGUCCCGUAGUCAACCCAAGGUCUAUAUUUCAGCUAAUGCCGCCCCAGGAGAUGAACAGAUCAUGCGGAAUCAGCCCACCCUCUUCAUAUCCACAAACUCUGGAGCAUCUGCUGCCUCCAGGAAUAUGUCUGGGCAAGUGAGCAUGGGUCCUGCCUUUAUUCAUCACCACCCUCCCAAAAGUCGAGCAAUAGGCAAUAACUCUGCAACUUCUCCUCGAGUCGUGGUCACUCAACCCAAUACAAAAUAUACUUUCAAAAUUACAGUUUCUCCUAAUAAACCCCCUGCAGUUUCACCAGGGGUGGUGUCCCCUACCUUUGAACUUACAAAUCUUCUAAACCAUCCUGAUCAUUAUGUAGAAACAGAGAAUAUUCAGCACCUCACGGACCCUACUUUAGCACAUGUGGAUAGAAUAAGUGAAGCACGGAAGUUGAGUAUGGGAUCUGAUGAUGCUGCCUACACUCAAGCUCUGUUGGUACACCAGAAGGCCAGAAUGGAACGACUUCAAAGAGAACUUGAGAUUCAAAAGAAAAAGCUGGAUAAACUAAAAUCUGAGGUCAAUGAAAUGGAAAAUAAUCUAACUAGAAGGCGCCUGAAAAGAUCAAAUUCCAUAUCCCAAAUACCUUCACUCGAAGAAAUGCAGCAGUUGAGAAGUUGUAAUAGACAACUCCAGAUUGACAUUGACUGCUUAACCAAAGAAAUUGAUCUUUUUCAAGCCCGAGGACCACAUUUUAAUCCCAGCGCUAUUCAUAACUUUUAUGACAAUAUUGGAUUUGUAGGUCCUGUGCCACCAAAACCCAAAGAUCAAAGGUCCACCGUCAAAACACCAAAGACUCAAGACACAGAAGAUGAUGAGGGGGCUCAGUGGAAUUGUACCGCCUGUACUUUUUUGAACCAUCCAGCCUUAAUCCGCUGUGAACAGUGUGAGAUGCCAAGGCACUUCUGAGCCAAAAGGCCCUGUAGCUCUAAAACCACAUUGGAAGUUCAAGAAACGAGUCUGUCAUCAGGGGAAAAGUUUCACUGCUACAUAGGAUUUUGUCAAAUUGAAGGUGUGACGAGAUGGUGUUGUGCUAAUGUUAAAUGUCAGCCCACAGAGCUAGUGAUACCUCAGUCUAAUGUCAUGGGCAGUUGAAAUUCAUCACAUGAAAGGGGAUCUGCUGAGAGAGCCGGUUGCCUGCUGCCUAAGCACGUACAGUGUUACCAGUAGCCCCUUGUGGAUAACUCUCAAUAUACUAAUGCCGAGGUGUGCCCAGGACCUUUUCCCCCUCAUGUCACUACUGAAUUUUGACAGGAGGAAGGAAUAGAACGAUGGCUUUUUUUUUAAAGCUUUCGGUGAAACACUACAAACAUGAAGAAAAGGAACAAGAUGUAACUAUUUAAAAACUGUUUGCUGCCGCACGGUGCCAAUGAGUAGGGGAAGAACUUCAUGAAUCUGUGGUACUCGUGGCCUCGUCUUUGUCUUCCCUGAAACGUCUCCACUCUGUGAAGCCAGCAUCUGGGGCCUAAAGAUGAAAAGGAAAGCAGCAUGCAUUGUCUGUACAAACGUGCAGUGAGAUAUCCCAAAGCUUUUCCUACUGUACAGAUCUCUCGAGUCUGCUUUCAGUGAUUUCUUUAUUAUUUUCUUAUAUCUCUAUAUGUAUAGUGUAAUAGUCUUUUGUUAACUAAUUUUCUUUUCUCCUUUUAGUGAUUAAGCACGAUCAUGUCCCUUUUUAAGCCUUACCUGAGAGAAGCAAUGCCUUAAAAUAAAAAAGCAUUAAUGAAAUGAAACUGUGCACAAAAUAACUUUCCUCUACUUACUCUACUCUGCCCUCGUGAGUGCCAAUGUUCUGUGAAGACGUGGGGAUGCUGCACACUGACUUGCAGGAAAUGUACUACAAGACUUGCGUCUCUCUAAGUCACACUAUAUCUGCUGACUUCAGCAGUGGGUCACACAGCACACUGAUCUUCCACAGGGAAGCUUAAAACGAAAGGUAUUUUUAACCCACUGACAGAGCAACAAGGUUAAGCUUGCUUCAUCUGCCUGGUGUCCCACAGAACUGUCACAAGAGAUUACUAUGGGGAAAGUACAGUUUUCAAAACCAGCCACAGCAGCAGAACCUACAGCCCUGGUGUGGGGAGAAGCGUAAUUGCUUUACUGUCGGGGCAGUCCGUUUCUAAACCUGACUUGGUGGCAGUAUCAUGUGUAUUUAUAAAACGAGGCUAGUCAUAUUUAGGACAACUGAAGGAAAGCUGGAAAAAAGAAAAGCAAACUUGAACACUGAAGCAACCUCAAGCAUCUCUUUAUUUUGAUGAUAUAUUUUUAUAAGGAAAAUAAAUAUUCAGAUGAUCGGGAAUGUAUAUAACUAAAUGAAAUCAAGAAAAAGAAAUAACAGUAUGCAUUUAAAAAACAGAAUUAUGAAAUUAUAUAUCAGUGCUUAGAAUGGGGCUAAGGGAAGUGCUGAAAUAUAGCAAAAGGUAGGAGAUAAUGUUGACUGUCACCCAUUGUAAAUGUCUGCAAAUGGAUAUUUUUUAAAUAAGCAGGAUUAUUACAGGUGAUCUAUAUGAAUGUCGAAGCCUUGACUUCCGGGCUUUGCAUCUUGUAUAUGGGAAGAAAUAUGACAAUCCUAGUUAAUUAGACCAUAGACCCAAAGCCCUUACAUUUGAUGCAUUUUGUUUUAAAACUAGGCCUUGUUUUUCAGCUUCAUCUGCAGUUCUAUGUGAAGAUUGAUAAAUCAGUUUUUACUUGUUUUAUUAAUAAAACGUAAUUUGGAUAUCUUGAGUUGAUGGUUUUGUGAUUUAGCUGGGUAAACUAUCUUUGUAACAGAUAAGUUAUUUAUAAAAAUUAAAAAACUUAUAUUCUAAUGUGGAUUUUGUGACUUGUUUUUAAAGUUUGUGGGAUAGAAGACAAUUUAUACCCCAGCAGCACAUUUGAUAGCUAAUUGAAAUCAGAGAAAACUCAUUCUUCUCUAGAGUCUUCUCGUGACAUCAUGGCAUUCAGCUGCAUUUCUUGGAUUAUUGUUCUCAGUUCCCCCAAGCUUUUUAACUAAUGAAAGAGAGCGACCGUGUUUCAAACUGAGCCAAAAAUAAUGAAUGUUGCUUUUUCAUAGUUACUGCUUUUCCUUUAGUUUCUUUUGGGGGUUUUAAAGUUUACCUCGUUGAAAACAGGAUAUCUUGGGCCAUUUGGCCUGGGGAGUCAUUCAGUUAAGAUCUGUUUUAUUCCAUAAUGUGUAGGUGCUGGGGAUCUCAGUGGUGCUUCUCUUGGAGAGAACCUUUAUAUUAAGAAUUUUCAGAAAACAUCACUCAGCUUUUCUGAGCUUGAAAACGGCAAAGUAGCAUUCACUGAUUUCUUUGUUAUAACUGUGGAAAGCCCUGCCUUGCCUCCGUUGGUCUUUUAAACUUAGUGGGACAGAAAUAUUCUUUGCCAAGGAAUAUGAGGCUGGUGGUCUGGAAACCACCUUCAGGAAUUAUUGCACUAAAAUAGAAUUACAGGUACGAAGAACCUCAGAACGAUAGACUUCUGUUUCUCAUCACUAAUUAUCCUUGGGUGCUGACAUGCUCUAUAUUUAAAGGUGAGGUGGGCAAUUAGCAGUUCAUGUAACCUGGGCUUCUCAGGAAGACUUUUAUAUUCACAGCACAGUGGCCCGUAUUGCUAUUAUAACUAAUACAUCCUACAAAGACGCAUGUUGUAUUGCAGAUUUUUGUGGGAAAUACGAAAGUUAAUUUUUCUUUUAAAAUUUCCACUUACUUUUUGAAAUGACUGAUCUAGACCAGUCUGUAGCCUCAUAUUAAUUGACUUUAUAUUAGAGAAUUGAAAUUGUGCAGAAAAUCAAAUCCAUGGACAGUCAAAACCGUAUUAGCUGUUAACUUCAAACGUAUUUCAAUGGAAGCGUUAUAAAUAGCAGACUUCACUGACAUUUCAUCAAUUACCUCUAUCCCAGCUGAAUGUUGAUGGGACCGUCCAGUGAGCGUUGAUGGGUUUAAGAAGUGAGUGGUGUAAGGUGUAAUAAUGUCCAGUCCAUGAGUAAUUGAAGUCGGCUGAAUUGCCUUGGAAAAGACUGUUGGAUCUGUAAUGGCACCAAGGGCCAUUCCAGAUUUAGUAUCUUCAUGCUGGGUAUUAGCAUAGUUUCCCUUAUAAUAUUACAAAAUACUUACAUUUCUCUAUGACAAAUGAACAUAUUUUGGGCUCCAGUUUUUAGAAGCUACACUUAUUAUAGCCGUAUUAUUUGAAGAUGAAAUGGUUUAGGGCUGCAUUUUAAUUUUUAUUACU